AUGGGAGUAGAACCAAAUUCUGCCAAAACCCCCGAUAAAAACAAGAUGGAAACUGGCAUACCACUUAGAGUGAAGUUCCUUGCUUUCAGUCUAUUGGGCCUAGAGGACUGGGAAUUGGCAAUAACAAGAAUCGGUCCUUUAGUGAUAGUGAAAGCUCAAUCCCAACUGUCGAAUCAAAAGCCUAAACCGUCUAAGGGAAUGACUGAUGGAAGGGAGAGUCAAUUAACAACCUAUCUACGGGAAAGCCUGUUUUCAUGGCACAAAGAAUCUCUUCCUUUCUCUGAAAAACUUGUAUUACUCUGCAAGUUAAAUAAGAUCCGGCAUAAAUGCGUUCCAGAGUCUUUAGGUUUUUCUCUUUCAUUGGUUCUGGAACCUUCGACUUGUGGUUCCACUCUUACUCUUGCAAAAGUUGGAGAAUCCACUGCUAUGGGAAUGGGAUGGAUGUCACUUGCAAGUCUUCAGAAAGGGGCGGUCCUGACCUAUCAGGAAAGGGGAAAGCAACGAGAAUCUUUCUACCUUCACGGGUGA